AUGAGGUGGUCACCGCUCCUCCUUCUCUCGGCGGCCUUGUCGCCCGUCAUGGCCAUCCGCAAGCUCGAGUCCAAGUCGCUCAACACGUGCCAGUCUGAUUCUAUGUUCUCGGCCAGUCUGUUCAACGUCGUCUUCACCCCCGACAACGGUACCGCCACUGUCAACAUUGUCGCCGUCUCCUCCGUCCAGGGCAGCGUCGUCUUCGAUAUCUCGCUCAAGGCCUACGGUUACGAAGUCAUCCAUCGCACCAUCGACCCCUGUGACAUUGAUCUCGCCGGUCUGUGCCCCAUGACCGCCGACAAGAUCAACCUCAAGUUCAACAUCGAUAUUGACGAGGAGGCCACCAAGGUCAUCCCCGGUAUCGCCUUCUCCAUCCCCGAUCUUGAUGCCACCUUCCGCGCCUACCUCAACCUGACGGAAACCGGCGAGAGUGUUGCCUGUGUCGAAGCCGACUUCUCCAACGGAAAGACUGUCGACCUUGUCGGAGUCAAGUGGGCCACUGCUCUCAUCGCCAUUCUCGGUCUCAUCGCUGCCGCCGUCGUCUCCGGCAUGGGCCACACCAAUGCCGCCGCUCACUUGGCCGCCAACACCCUGUCUCUCUUCGGUUACUUCCAGGCCCAGGCCAUCAUUGGUCUCACCGGUGUCCACCUGCCCCCCGUCGUCCAGGCCUGGACCCAGAACUUCAUGUGGUCCAUGGGUAUCAUUCGCGUCGGCUGGAUGCAGGACGUCUUCACCUGGUCACCAAGCGAUCGGUCGACUUUACUGAGGGUGCCGCUGGCAUCAUGGCUCGUGCUGGCACAGCCCCUCCCCAAGCGCGCCAACAUUCAGCUCAGCUCCGGCUCCUUCAUCGUGUACGGUAUCCAGCGUGUCGCCUUCCGUGCCAAGAUUGAGUCGACCAACCUCUUCAUGACCGGCCUGACCUUCUACUGCAUCUUCGCCGUCCUCACCGUUCUCGUCGUCGCUCUCUUCAAGGGUUUCACUGAGCUGUGCGUCAGGCAGAGGUGGAUGAAGAGCGACAGCUUCCUCGAGUUCCGCAACGGCUGGCUCACCGUCCUCAAGGGCAUCUUGUUCCGUGUCACGCUCAUUGGUUUCCCCAUGAUGACAAUCCUCUGCCUCUGGGAGCUCACGCAGCGCGACUCGCCCGCCGAGGUCGUCCUCGCCAUCUUCUUCUUCUUCGGCAUGUUGAUCACCCUUGGCUGGGCCUCGUUCAAGGUCAUCCGCAUCGCUCGUCGCUCCGUCGCCAUGCACCGCAACCCGGCCUACAUCCUCUACUCGGACCCCCAGGCCCUCAACAAGUGGGGCUUCCUCUACGUCCAGUUCCGCGCCUCGGCCUACUACUUCAUCGCCCCUACUCUUCUCUACACCCUCAUCAAGGGCAUGUUUGUCGCUUUCGGCCAGCACGUUGGAGUCGUGCAAGCCAUCGCCUUCAUGGUCAUUGAGGCUGCCGCUCUCAUCGCCGCUAGUGUCCUGCGCCCCUGGAUGGACAAGAGCAUCAACUCGUUCAACAUUGCCAUUUGCGUCAUGAACUUCCUCAACUCCGUCUUCCUCUUCAUGAUGACCAAUGUCUACGCCGCGCCCGACAUUGUCCCCGGCGCCACCGGUGUCGUGCUGUUCAUUGCCAACGCCGCCUUCUCCCUGAUUCUGCUCAUCAUGGUUAUCAUCUCGAGCACCAUUGUCUUCUGGCGCAAGAACCCCGAUGCCAAGUACCAGUUCAUGGCCGACGACCGUGUCUCUUUCAUGAAGUCACAGACCCAGCUGAACACGACGACGGAGCUCGACGCUCUGGCCGCGACGGCCCGUGGUGACAAGGCCGGGUACAAGUCGCAGCUCGACCUCGAUGACGACAACGAGUCCAUCUCGUCUGAGUCGAUGCGCCGCCGCGUGGACGGCAAUGGCCACCCGCUGGCCGCGCAGUCUCAGACGUCGGUCAACCGCAUCGGCAACCCGCCGCGCUCUCCGGUGGACCCUUCGGUGCCUCUGUUCCCCGCCGACAACCGCGGCAGCCCCUACGCCUCGAGUCUGAGGUCACCCAGCCCCUACGGCGGUGCGGGAAGCCAACAGAGCCUCCGCCAGCAGCACAAUGCCAGCCCGGCGGGCUACAGGUCACAAAACAACGCCAGCCCGUGGCAACGCGGUGCCGGCUACGAGCACUAA